CUUUUGUUCCUAUUCACUUCAUUUGGUUAAUUUUUUUUUGUUAUUUUAUGCUAGUCAAUAGUGUUUAGCAAAAUUAAAAUAAUAAAUAUAAAAACGGAAAGGGAGGUUUACCAACUAAUUAAGGAAAUAUUUUCGUGAAAUUUUUAGAGAAAUGCCUAAUAAAAACGGUCCUAUAUGUAUUGAGUGUCAAAAAACUGAAAGUCUUCUUUGGAGACAGACGGACAAUGGAGAGGGCGAGAUUUGUCAAGAAUGUUAUGAAAAAAAAGAAACAAAGAUAUCAAAUGAUAAUAAUAAUUGUUCAAUAGAAGUUGAGAAAAUAACUGAAGAAGUCAAAGGUAAACCACACAAAAACCAUGGAGAAGGCAAACAGUUUGCGGUUGUGGAAGAAAAAAAAAUUCGCAAAAGUACCCGAACAACACGCUUUAAAGCAAAAAGCUGUACACAGCCCAGCAUUACAACUUCGACCAGUUGCUACAUUCAAAUCGCGUCGAAUAAUACCAAAGUUCAAAGCAAGGGGCGUAGCAGGCGUAAUAUUUUCAAAAAAAUACCUUUAAAAACACCAGUUGCUCAAGCUACUACUCACGUUGUGGAAAGCGUGUUUUACAAAGGGACUUAUCUACAAGUCGGGGACAUUGUAUCCUUAAUGGAUGAUAAGCACAAUAUAUACUACGCCCAAAUACGUGGUCUCUUAGUUGAUAACUACUGCGAGAAGUCUGCUUAUCUUUCUUGGCUUAUACCGACGCAAGCAAGUCCAGAUCCACGCGAUGGAUUUGAUCCAGCAUCGUAUUUAAUCGGACCUGAUGAAGAGCUUUCACGAAAGUUGUCUGCUUUACAAUUUAUAAUGCAUGCCCCUAGUAAUUAUUAUCAUGAUCGUACAACGCCUUUCCCACUCCCAGAUGCAAUGGAAAUUGAUGGCAAAACAAAAGGUUUUAUUUGGACUACUCUAUCCGAAUAUCAUCGAACGUCUAACUUAUGAAAUAUAACAAAACUUAUGUAAUAUAUUGAGCAUAUAGAGUUUUUGUGAUACAAAUUAUAAUAACUUCCUUGAGGAGUAUACUAAGUAAAGUCAAAUAUAGACAUAUUUGAAUAAUGCAAUACAUAAAUUUUUUUAAUAUAUUAAUAUUCUUAACUUUUUGAUAUGUUAAUCUGGUUGAUAAAAUAAAAUAGCAGAUUGCCUCUAAUAAGGAGAAUACAACAAGAAUUUCGUGGUCAAAACUUUAAAUGUAUAGUUUCAUAUCCUCUAUUCAAUAUUUGCAUUAUAAACCGAAACAAAAACUAUGAGAAACAUUAAGAAAAAUAAAUAAACUUGACUAAAAAUGUA